UGCCUUGUAGCGAGAACUUUGCUUUUACACUCCUAUGGCCACCGAAUCUCUCCGAAACUCGCCGAAAUAUUCAACUUCAAAACCGAUAGCCGAUUCGUCCGUACUACAGCCCUGUGAAGCCCUAGAUUCUCUUUUUCUUGAUAGUUUAUCAGUGUGGUAGCACCAUGCAAAUCAUACUAACAGCCUGAGGCUCUGAGCAUUCCUUGGUCUAGUAUCUGGAAAGAUUUAAAGUCUUGGUAGCAUUCAGCUUUUCCUAUGUCUUGAUCACUUGAUGUGACUUCUGCCUAACGGGACAUUGACAGUUUGGAGCCAUGGGUGAUGCUAUUGAUUUAACUGGGGAUGGAGGUGUUCUUAAGACAAUUGUAAGGCAAGCCAAAGCUAAUGCCAUUGCUCCAAAGGAUGACCUUCCUCUUGUUGAUGUUCAUUACGAAGGCGUUCUUGCUGAAAAUGGUGAAGUUUUCGAUACUACACGGGAGGAUAAUACUGUGUUCUCUUUCGAGGUUGGAAAGGGCACUGUAAUCAAGGCUUGGGACAUUGCAUUGAAAACCAUGAAGGUUGGGGAAGUUGCAAAAAUCACUUGCAUGCCAGAAUAUGCCUAUGGAAGUGCAGGUUCUCCACCAGAUAUCCCACCAAAUGCGACACUUAUCUUUGAGGUGGAAUUAGUGGCCUGCAGGCCACGGAAGGGUUCAAGUUUGGGUAGCGUUUCAGAGGAGAGGGCUAGGCUUGAAGAGCUGAAAAGGCAGAGGGAGCUUGCUGCCACAAUCAAAGAAGAAGAGAAGAAGAAGAGAGAAGAAGCUAAAGCUGCUGCUGCUGCCAGAGUUCAAGCCAAGUUAGAAUCCAAGAAAGGUCAAGGAAAGGGAAAGGGCAAAGCAAAAUAAGGGCAUUCACAUAUUUAUUUACAUAAAAAUGAUCUAUGAUAACUGAAUGGAUACUUCAAACUUAUUUCAUGAGUUAAAGACAAGGGUGUACUACUACUAUGACAAUAGUAACAGUUGAAAGGUGUGCAAGUCUAUGCUGGUUUGGAAAUCCUGUUGGUUGUGAAUGAACCCAUUUACAAGCCAGCAGUAUUGAAUUUCAUGGUCAAUCAGUGAUAUAAAUAAAUAAAAAUGUUGUCUGAUUAUUUGCACAA